AUGCAUCUUGGUGGGAAUAAGAUGUAUAAAGAUUUCCGAGAGUUGUACAGGUGGCCAAGGUUGAAGCGUGAAGUGACUGAUUUUGUUGCUCGUUGUUUGACAUGUCAGCAGGUUAAUGCUGAGCAUCAGUUACCUUCGGGUUUGGUACAGCCAGUUAAGAUACCGAUAUGGAAAUGGGAGCGAACCGCACAUUUCAUUCCUGUUAGGACAGACUUCUCUCUACAGAAGUUGGCCAAGCUAUACAUUUCUGAGAUAAUGAGGCUGCAUGGGGUACCUGUCUUGAUCAUUUCUGAUAGGGAUCCUCGUUUUAUGUCUCGAUUUUGGCAGAAGCUUAUGAGGCUUUGGGUUCUCGUCUUGACUUCAGUACUAUUUUUCAUCCUUAGACAGAUGACUGAGUUGGGUGAGCAGCAUGUUCUAGGUCCGGAGUUGGUUUCAGAGACUGAGGAUAAGGUUCGCUUGAUUCGGGAUCGACCGAAAGUGGCUUCUAAUAGACAGAAGUCCUAUGAGGAUUUAAAAAGGAAGGACAUCGAGUAUUCUGUGGGAGACAUGGUCUUUCUUAAGAUCUCGCCAUGA